AUGCAAUUGGAAAAUGCUUUUAAUCAUUUGAGCCAGACUGUACAUACAUUCGAUGAUCAGGUGAUUCAAAAUGGGUCUCAGUGGCCCCAGCCUCGACUUUUCCGAGCCGUCGAAAUGUUGUGUGAUGAUAUAGCGUCACAGUUCAAAUGCGCUGGCAUUCAUUUGCCAAGGUCCUCCAAGAGUCAUCAGAAGCAACAGCCCCAGGUCAUGGAGGAAAGAGCUCGAACUCAGGCCGCUCCAUCGCCAUUAAUCAGGACCAGAACUGACUACCCGUCUCAGUUCUGGAACUUGUUCAUGGGGUCGUCGUCGGUGAUGAUACCAUCCAGUACCACUCAAAGUGUUGUCGUUGAGCCUGGCAUAAUUCCCUUCUCGCCAACACCAACCUUUGAAACUAAUACCAUUCAAUAUGCGACCUCGCCAUUCACCCAACGACUCUUCCGAGCAUGCGCAGAAAGUGGGCUUCGCCUCCUUUCCAAUACGUCAUUCACGGAUGAGGAUAUCGGGCGAUGCUUUGGUCUACUUCUACAAAAAAUGGCUCGAGAGGAUAUCCGGGAUUAUUUCACACGAGUCGUCAGUAUACAACCGUGCAACCCGAUUAUCGAUGACCGCUUCCCGUUUAUAAGCUUGGGUGGAGCAGGGACUCAUUUUUCCUCGCCCUCAAACGAUGCCUCUCGAGUUCUGUCUUUGAUGCAAAGAACAAAUGGAGUCUGUCAUAUUGCUUCCGAUGAGCAAUGGUUCGACGUGCAUGAUGUCGAGAGAUAUCUGUCCAGCCAAGGCAUCAUUGUGGGCGAGUUCCCAUCCUCAACAUCACCAGUGUAUCAUUUGCAUAGUGAAAAUGGGGUCACUUCGAACUUAGUGGCCAUACAAGGGGCAUCACCUAGUACCACUAUGACGAUGGUUAUCAGCGAGUAUAGGUUGAUUCACAAAUUGAGUCAGAUUCCAGUGGACCUGGGUUGUGUGGCUGGGUUCCGCCGAUCAGACGUCGAGAGAGUGGUAUAUCAAAAUUUGAGGCGAAUCGCUAUCGGAGAUCCGGGGUAA